AUUUAGAAUUUUAUUAUAAAGAUGAAAGUGCAUUAGCUGUUUGGAAAAAAGCCAAAAAUUUAUCUAAAUUUAAUGAAACAGAUCUUUUUGGACAUUUACAUUCAUUCGUUAUACAAGAACGAUUAACUAAAUCAACAAUUACACACAUUUCACAGAAUUGGUAUUCAAUUGAAAAGCUUAACACA